GUGAAUAUGCUCAGAUGAGGCUGCGGAUAGGUUUUCUGGAGAGUGGUAUCUACGAGGUUCCAAUCAUCAUCACAGACUCCGGCAACCUGCCCAUGUCCAAUACAUCCUACCUGAGGGUCAAGGUGUGCCAGUGUGAUCACCAUGGAGAUUGUGUGGACAUGGAACGCAUCAUCGCAGCAGGCCUGGGUACUGGAGCCAUCAUCGCCAUCCUCAUCUGUAUCAUCAUAAUGCUAGGUCAGUCUGGUUGUAUGCAGGCACACACACACACACACACACACACACACACACACACCAUAUCCCCACCCUCUUCUGCCUCAUUCUCCUAGCAGGGUCUUCUUAUAGCUACAGUACAAACGCAUGCUACAGAACAUAAUCUAUGUAAACGUUUGGCAUCCCCAGACAGCAGCUACAGUAGAUUACAGUAGCUACAUUCAAAGCUAUCCCUAAAUCUGCCUACCCCAAACUUAAGCACCCCACUUUAGGAGAUAAGUACCCCUCCCCCACUGCCUAGAACCCCCCCCCCCCCCCCCCCCCCCCCAUGACAGCCUUUUGACAGCCCUCCACCAAUCUCCCAAAGCCUCUCCCACCUACCCCCCCAGCCUUGCCCACCUACCCCCCAGCCUUGCCCACCUACCCCCCAGCCUGCCCCAUAUUGUACCCCAUCCCCCCUUACCACCCAGCCUUCCCACCCCCUCCUCCCAGUCAAUCUCUGAAAAUCCGCCCAGAUUAUGUGGAUCAAACCAGGCAAUCGCUGAUCAAGCUCCCGUCAAGCUUUAAAACUCCUCUCCUGAUUCUCUUUACAUGGCAGAGAAAUAUGGUUGAAUUAAAACUAAAGCUGCAUAUCGUCUGUUUAUAGGAUUUCAUCCUUACCUUCUUUCUAUUUUCUUCUACCCUGCCUCCUUCCUUCCUCCCCAUUUUUCUUCUCCCCCUCCCCUCAUUUCUACCUCUCUCUCUCUCUCUCUCUCUCUCUCUCUCUCUCUCUCUCAAUUACUCUCUCUCUCUCUCGCUCUGUCUCUCUCUCGCUCUCUCUCUGAGUGUUCUUGAGUGAUAAGCGAAUGUAGUGUAAAUGUGGCCUUUGAUGCAACAUGCACUGGUGCUGAUGUUAGCACUUUUAAACUGAUCAAAUGAAAUGGUGGUGAAGUUCUAAUUAUCCAUCUCCCCCUCCAUCCCUCCCUCCCUCUCUCUCUCUCUCUCUCUCUCUCUCUCUGUAGUGAUGGUGUUGUUCUUUGUGAUGUGGAUGAAGAGGAGGGAUAAGGAACGUCAGGCCAAGCAGCUGCUCAUUGACCCGGAGGACGAUGUCAGAGACAACAUACUGAAGUACGACGAAGAGGGAGGAGGAGAGGAGGACCAGGUAGAGUAAGCACACAAACACAGAUGGACGCACACACUGAUGGAUGGACACACACACAUACAGAGGAGGACCAGGUACACACACACACAUGCCUGAACACACGCACACUAAUCACGCUGCUAGCGUUAGCAUAAUGAUAGCAUAGCCGCUAGUCAACCAGCUGCUGAUUUAGAUGGAGAGUUAGCUGUUCGCUAACGAUGGCUAGUUGGAGACAGGACAGUGCUGGGCUAAAUGGGGAGGGGGGAGGCAAGGAGGAUAUACAGUGGACAUGAGGGAGGGAUUGUACACACACACUAACACCACAGGAGGCUGGUGAGAGGACAGCUCACAAUAAUGGCUGGAACGGAGUAAAUGGAAUGGUAUCAAACAUGGAAACCAUGUGUGUGAUCUGCUUGAUAACAUUCAAUUUAUUCCGUUCCAGCCAUUACUAUGAGCCCGUACACCCCAAUUAAGAUACCACCAGCCAUCUGUGACUCACACACACACACACAGACACUCACACACACUGAUGGACUGUAACAUUGGGGGUAGUAGGACCUAGCCAACCAGUCAUUGGAUAUUAAUGGAGCUCUGAGAGGGGGUGAUAAACAUUUAUCGCCAUGGCGAUGGCAUGGGAAGUGGGGUUAGGGGCGAGAGGCCAUCUUUCAAUGCGAUGGAUGGUACUCCCCUCCCUCCCGCUGUUCGGGGAAAUUGUUUCGUCGGGGAAUCGGCAGUGCUGGGAAAUGAACUGUUGGAGAGUGGAGCGGCUAGUUCCCCCUGAUCACCCCCCCUGCUGUGGGAUGGAUUAGUAAUGUCUGUCUGUCUGGGACCCCUUGUAGGGAGGGGCUAUGGGGCAUGGCUAGGCUGGAGACAGCUACAGGAGCAGUCACGCAGUCUGGCUCUCUGGUGCUAAACGGCUAGUAUGGUACACUGAGGCCAAUAGCAGAGGGUGCAUCCCUAUGGGCCCUGGUCAAAAGUAGUGCACUAUAAAGGUAUUAGGGUGUCAUUUGGGAUGCAGACAAAGCCUCUCAAAUGAAAAACACGCACGCACCCACACUGCACGUUACGUUUUAAAGUGAUAAUACAAUUUCAUCAGCUUUUUGUGAACCUAGCCUACCAUCCUGGUAUCAAAGAUUGAGCAUGGUGAGCAGUGACAAAGCCCAGCUAAGUAGUGCAGUAUAAAGAGAAUAGGGUGCCAUUGGGGACUCAGCCUGCGCCUCUUCUCCUCUGUCUGGAAAAUAACAAUAUAGCCUAGGCCAGGGACAAACCCCUCUGUAUUUAUCCCGCCAUUUCCUCUCCGCCUCUCCUGUUCUCUCUGUCCUUCACGUUAUGGCGGCAUUCACAGCUCUCCCCUGAAACCGUUUCAGUGGUUAACUAUUGCAGUGAACAAUGCCCAAGGUGGUUACAUGACCAGGUUUUAUUUUUAUGUUUCAUCAAUGAAUCAGACACUCAGACACACAACCUUCUCUCUCUCUCUCUCUCUCUCUCUCUCUCUCUCUCUCUCUCUCUCUCUCUCUCUCUCUCUCUCUCUCUCUCUCUCUCUGUCUCACUCACUCUGUCCCUCUCUCUCUCUUCCUCCUCUCUCCCUCUCUAUCCCUCUCCCCCUCCACCACCCUCUCUCCUCCCUCCCUCAACCCUCUCUUUCUUAUCCCCACAUCUCUGUAUCCCCCACUCUCUCCCUCCCCCUCUCCAGGACUAUGACCUGAGUCAGCUGCAGCAGCCCGACGCGUUGGAGCCAGAGAUGGUAAAGGUGGGAAUCAGGCGUAUGGACGAGAGACCCCUCCACCAGGACCACCUGUACCCCCUCCGCUCUGCUGCACCCCACCCAGGAGAUAUAGGAGACUUCAUCCAUGAGGUAGCUACGGAGUGUGUGUUUUUCUGUUGGGGGAGUGGGGGUUGUGUGUGUAUGUGUGUUAAUGCUUGUGUGUGCAUGACUGUGUGUGUGUGUGUAUGUGACUCACUGUGUGACACAGAAGGAGAGGGAGCCCUCCCUGCCUCUGUGUAAUUCUUAAUUAGCUUUGCUAACAGUGCAGAUUAACGUGGUACAGACAUGGGCAGGCCCGGCUGGCUAAUUUAAGGUUUAGUUUAGUUUAUUAGGAUCCCCAUUAGCUAUUGCACAUGCAGCAGCUACUCUUCCUGGGAUCCACAUAAAACAUACAAAUACAUGACAAAGUACAGAAUAAAAAAAAUAUUAUUUAGACACUAUCAUAUUGUAUAUACAUAUUCAUAUUCUUAUAUACAGUUCAGUUAAAUUAGAUCUUUAGACAGAGGAGAGGCGCUGUGAUAUGUUUUUUUAUUUGUUUUUUUAAGCUAAACUUGCUUUUUACCUGAGUAACCUCUUGUGGCAGAGCAUCCCAUGAUGACAUGGCUCUAUAGAUAACUGAGCGAUGCAUUAAAUCUGUUUUUGGUCUGGGUUAUGUGAAGAAACCCAUAGUGGCAUGUCUGCUGGGGUAUGUCUGAAGUGUAUGCAAAUAGAUUAGACAAGUGGUUGGGCAUUGUCAACACAUGAAUGUUUCUUAAAAAGACUAGAAGAGAAGUAGUCAAAUAAAAUACAAUUUUAUUGGUCGCAUACACAUAUUUACAGUUGAAGUCGGAAGUUUACAUGCACUUAGGUUGGAGUCAUUAAAACUCGUUUUUCAACCACUCCACAAAUUUCUUGCUAACAAACUAUAGUUUUGGCAAGUCGGUUAGGACAUCUACUUUGUGCAUGACACAAGUACUUUUUCCAACAAUUGUUUACAGACAGAUUAUUUCACUUAUAAUUCACUGUAUCACAAUUCCAGUGGGUCAGAAGUUUACAUACACUAAGUUGACUGUGCCUUUAAACAGCUUGGAAAGUUCCAGAAAAUAAUGUCAUGGCUUUAGAAGCUUCUGAUAGGCUAAUUGACAUCAUUUGACAUCAGGUGUACCUGUGGAUGUAUUUCAAGGCCUACCUUCAAACUCAGCAUUGCCUCUUUGCUUGACAUCAUGGGAAAAUCAAAAGAAAUCAGGCAAGACCUCAGAAAAACAAUUGUAGACCUCCACAAGUCUGGUUCAUCCUUGGGAGCAAUUUCCAAAUGCCUGAAGGUACCACAUUCAUCUGUACAAACAAUAGUACGCAAGUAUAAACACCAUGGGACCACGCAGCCAUCAUACCGCUCAGGAAGGAGACACGUUCUGUCUCCUAGAGAUGAACGUACUUUGGUGCGAAAAGUGCAAUCAAUCCCAGAACAACAGCAAAGGACCUUGUGAAGAUGCUGGAGGAAACAGGUACAAAAGUAUCUAUAUCCACAGUAAAACAAGUCCUAUAUCGACAUAACCUGAAAGGCCGCUCAGCAAGGAAGAACCCACUGCUCCAAAACUGCCAUAAAAAAGCCAGACUACGGUUUGUAGAUUGUACUUUUUGGAGAAAUGUCCUUUGGUCUGAUGAAACAAAAAUAGAACUGUUUGGCCAUAAUGACCAUCGUUAUGUUUGGAGGAAAAAGGAGGAUGCUUGCAAGCCGAAGAACACCAUCCCAACCGUGAAGCACGGGGGUGGCAGCAUCAUGCUGUGGGGGUGCUUUGCUGCAAGAUGGACUGGUGCACUUCACAAAAUAGAUGGCAGCAUGAGGAAGGAAAAUGAUGUGUAUAUAUUGAAGCAACAUCUCAAGACAUCAGUCACGAAGUUAAAGCUUGGUCGCAAAUGGUCUUCCAAAUGGACAAUGACCCCAAGCAUACUUCCAAAGUUGUGGCAAAAUGGCUUAAGGACAACAAAGUCAAGGUAUUGGAGUGGCCAUCACAAAGCCCUGACCUCAAUAAUACAGAAAAUUUGUGGGCAGAACUGAAAAAGCGUGUGCGAACAAGGAGGCCUACAAACCUGACUCAGAUACACCAGCUCUGUCAGGAGGAAUGGGCCAAAAUUCACCCUCCUGAGGUUGAAGAGACGCUGUUGCGCCUUCUUCACCACACUGUCUGUGUGGGUGGACCAUUUCAGAUUGUCAGUGAUGUGUAUGCCGAGGAACUUGAAGCUUUUCACCUUCUCCACUGCGGCCCAGUCGAUGUGGAUAUGGGUGUGCUCCCUAUGCUGUCUCCUGAAGUCCACGAUCAGCUCCUUUGUUUUGUUGACGUUGAAGGAGAGGUUAUUUCUCUUGCACCACUCCGCCAGGGACCUCACCUCCUCCCUGUAGGCUGUCUCGUCAUUGUUGGUAAUCAGGCCUACUACUGUUGUGUCGUCUGCAAACUUGAUGAUUGAAUUAGAGACGUGCGUGUGCAUGCAGUCAUGGGUGAACAGGGAGUACAGGAGGGGGCUGAGCACGCACCCUAGUGGGUCCCUGUGUUGAGGAUCAGCAUAGUGGAGGUGUUGUUGCCUACCUUCACCACCUGGGGGCAGCCCGUCAGGAAGUCCAGGACCCAGUUGCACAGGGUGAGGUUCAGACCCCAGGGCCCGAGCUUAAUGAUGAGCUUGGAGGGUACUAUGGUGUUGAAGGUUGAGCUGUAGUCAAUGACCAGCAUUCUUACAUAGCUAUUCCUCAUGUCCAGAUGGUAUAACACGCUUAAAUGUCUUACUCACGUCAGCCACUUAGAACGAGAGCACACAGUCCUCGGAAGCGGAGGCACUGUGUUUUCCUCGAAGCGGGCGAAGAAGGGGUUUAACUUGUCCGGUAGUAAGACGUCGGUGUCCGCGACGGGGCUGGUGUUCCCUUUAUAAUCCGUGAUUGUCUGAAGUCCCUGCCACAUACGUCUCGUGUAUGAGCCGUUGAAUUGCGAUUCUACUUUGUCUCUACUGACGUUUUGGCUGUUUGAUUGUCUUACGGAGGGCAUAUUCCCAGUCACCUUGUCGUGGUUAAAUACGGACGUUCGCGCUUUUAGUUUUGCAUGAAUGAUGCCAUCUAUCCAUGGUUUUUGGUUUGGAUAGGGAAUGGUGGGAACAACAUCCCCUAUACACUUCCUUAUGAACUCAGUCAGUGUCAGUGUGUACGUCAGUGUUAUUCUCAGAGGCAACCCAGAACAUAUCACAGUCCGCAUGAUCAAAUCAAUCUUGAAGCAUGGAUUCCGAUUGGUCAGACCAGCAUUUGAACAGUCCUUACCACGGGUACUUCCUGUUUGAAUUCCUGCCUAUAGGAAUGGAGAAGCAGAAUGGAGGCGUGAUCUGAUUUGCCGAAGAGAGGGCGGGGGAGGGCCCUGUAGCCGUCCCGAAAGGGAGAAUAGUAAUGGUCGAGAGUUUUUGAUGCGCAAGCAGCGCAGGCAAUGUGUUGGUUAAUCUUCGGUAGCGUUGUCCUCAAAUUUGCUUUAUUAAAGUCCCCAGUUGCAAUAAAUGCGGCCUCAGGAUAUGCGGUUUCUAGUUUGCACAAAGUCCAGUGUAGUUCCUUGAGAGCCGUCGUGGUAUCGGCUUGAGGGGGAAUAUAAAUGGCUGUGACGAUGACCGAAGAGAAUUCUCUCAAGGUCGUCAUUUGAUUGUGAGGUAUUCUAGGUUGGGUGAACAAAAGGACUUGAAUUCCUGUACGCUACCACAAUCACACCAUGAGUAGUUAAUCAUGAUUAGUUAAUCAUGAAACCUCCGCCUUUCUUUUUCCCUGAGAUUUCUUUAUUCCUGUCUGCGCAAUGUACUGAGAACCCAGCUGGUUGUAUGGACGGGGACAGUAUAUCCGGAGAGAGCCAUGAUUCUGUGAAACAGAGUAUGUUACAGUCUCUGAUGUCUCUCUGGAAGGAGAUGUUCGCCCUGAGCUCGUCUACUUUAUUGUCCAGGGAAUGAACAUUAUCGAGUAAUAUACUCGGAAGCGGUGGAUGGUUUGCACGCCUCCUGAGUCGGAUUAAAGUCCACUCCGCGUACCUCUUCUCCAUGAACAAAGGAUCCAAUUCAGGAAAGUCGUAUUUCUGGUCGAAAUACUGGUGAGUUACCGCUGCUCUGAUAUCUAAAAGUUAUUUCCGGCUGUAUGUAAUAAUGCAAAGAACGUUCUAAGCUAAUAAUGUGAGAAAUAACACACAAAAAAAAUGUAAUACUGCCAAGCUGCUUAGGAGCCAGGAACCAGGCGACCAUGUCUAUCGGCGCUGUCAAUUUCUCCUCAACCCUCAACCAUGAAAGACUAUCAUGCAUUUUUUUUUUAUGUUAGGUCUGUGCAUUUAAGGGCAAGGUGUGCUGCUUUGUUUUGAGCCAGCUGCAACUUUGCUAGGUCUUUCUGUUUUGCACCUGACCAUAUUAUCGGACAGUAAUCGAGACCAGAGCCUGAACAACUAGUACAGUUGAUCUUUGUGUAAAAAAUGCAGAACAUCUCUUUAGAACAUACAUACCUCUCCCCAUCUUCACAACAGCUUUGUCAAUAUGACUUGACCAUGAUAACUGACCAUCCAAUGUUACUCCUAGGAGUUCAACUUCUUCAACAUGUUCAAUGGUCACACCCUUUAUGCAAAGUAAAUCCAUUGAGUUUCAUUAAUCCCAGAGAGAGACUAGCUUUUGCCUCCAGCUACUACAGUCAGCUAUACAACAGAAUGGAAUAACAGCUCAAUCUCAGUUAGUCUACUGAGGUGGUAACUGUAAUAUGUGUUGAAUCUAUGUGAGUUUAUAUCUAUAUCUAGACAUGGAUCAUGCUUGCCGAGCGGUUUAUACCUGUCUUUCAGUUGAUGAAGUUGUGCUUCCUACGCUGUGUAUGUAUGUGUGUGUGUGUGUCACUAGGUUAGGCAGGCAGGAUAGAGAUGUCUGCCAAACACAGCUCUGAAUAAUGAGGUGAGCUGUCAUACAUGGCAAGCUGAUCUAGACAGCUUAAUCUAGCAGACAUGACAAGCCGAUGCUUCUUCCACUGCCUCACUCCUCAAGUCAAUCAUAUUAAGGAGACAGUUGGGGGUAUGGCAUGCAGAAAUCCCCAAAACAUGUAUAUAGAGCUUCAGCUUAUCAGAUUUGUUUUAUUAAUUUUAGCACUGAGACAAGACAUCAGUCAAUAAUAACACUUAAAGAGAAAGUUAUUAUAAUAAAUUCUGUCAGCUGUGGUGUGGUAGGGCGCAGGCGCGUGUGUGUACGUGCGUGCGUGUAAUCUGCUGAAUCUCCUCAGAGAGACGACCCAGCAUCUGUCCAGCCUGACCUAAAUCCUCCUCUCUUCUCUCCUCCUCCCUCCAUAAUCCCUCCUUCUUCUCCUCUCCCCUUGCUCUCCUGCUCCCUAUAUCUCAUUCAUUCUAUAUCUCUCACUCCCUCUGUUUCUCUCUCUUCUGCUUCUUUUUUCCUGCUUUUUCUCUCUUUCUGGCUCGUAUUUAUUCUCUCCCCUUACCUCUCUCCACCUCUUUCUCUUUUCCCUAUUUUCUUUCUCUUUUCCCCUUCUUUCUCGUUAUCUCUCCUUUACUCUCUCUCUUAACCUAUCUCUCCCUCAUUCUCUCUCUCUUUCGCUCUCUCUCAACCCUCAUCUAUCCUCUACCCCUCCUCUUCCCUCCCCAGGGUCUGAAGGCAGCUGAUAACGACCCGACGGCGCCCCCCUACGACAGCCUGCUGGUGUUUGACUAUGAGGGCAGCGGAUCCACCGCCGGCUCCCUCAGCUCCCUUCACUCGUCCUCCUCCGGCGGAGACCAGGACUACGACUACCUCAGUGACUGGGGCCCGCGCUUCCGCAAGCUGGCAGACCUCUACGGAGGAGGGGACGAC